UGUGACGUCGUUUCCCACACUCUGCAAACACAAAACCUUCCACCGCCUCAAGUCAUGGGAGAAAACCAAGUGUAAGAGGGAGAGACGGUACAGUCCCCGUAAGUUCGAUUGCUUACCACGGAACUUCCCUCCCAGAAAAAUACUCCCCAGCCCCAAAACCCUAACCCCACCAAAAUUCGCUCUGCUCCAUCGGCAGCAAUGGAGGCAGACGACGAGAUUUACGCCAACGGCGGCGACGAUACGAGCCAUACCAGGCCGAUUAUUAGUGGCGAGCAGCUCGACAUCGAAGCCUAUGCGGGGCUAUACUCUGGGAGGACUAAGAUAACGCGGCUCAUCUUCAUCGCCGUCCACUGCGGGAACCCAUCCAUGGAGAGGGAAGCGCUCAGGAUGGCCUACGACGAGAUCAAGAAAGGCGAGAACACCCAGCUGUUUCGGGAAGUUGUGCAGAAGAUCGGCGGCAGGCUCGGCUCUAACUACGGCAUGGACAAUGCCUGGUGCGACUCGGUGGAUCGCAGAGCUGAGCAGAGGAAGGAGAAGCUCGAGAAUGAACUCAAUGCGUACCGGACAAAUUUGAUAAAGGAAAGCAUUAGAAUGGGAUACAAUGAUUUUGGAGAUUUCUAUUAUGCUCACGGCGCACUUGGUGAUGCUUUUAAGAGUUACAUUCGCACCCGUGAUUAUUGCACAACGUCAAAGCACAUUAUCCACAUGUGUUUGAGUGCCAUUCUUGUGAGUAUCGAGAUGGGUCAGUUUUCCCACGUAUCGAGUUAUGUCAGCAAAGCAGAACAGACACCUGAAGCACUUGACCCUACCACAAUCGCGAAAUUAAAGUGCGCCUCUGGUUUGGCUCAUCUUGAUAUGAUGAAGUACAAACUCGCUGCUCGAAAGUUUCUGGAAGUGGGUCCUGAGUUGGGAAAUUCUUACAAUGAAGUUAUUGCUCCCCAAGACGUUGCAACAUAUGGUGGGCUUUGUGCACUUGCAAGUUUUGACCGGUCCGAGCUAAAGGUAUUCGCAGAACAAGGUAAUAGACAAUCUCGCCUUCCGAAAUUUCUUGGAAUUAGUUCCUGAAGUGAGAGAGCUCAUCAAUGAUUUCUACUCAAGCCGAUAUGCCUCUUGUCUAGAGUAUUUGGCAAAUCUCAAGACAAACCUGCUGCUGGAUGUGCACUUGCAUGAUCACGUUGAGAAAUUGUAUGAUCAAAUCCGGAACAAGGCCCUUAUUCAGUACACACACCCGUUUGUGUCUGUUGACUUGAACAUGAUGGCUAAUGCUUUCAAAACAACGGUCGUCGGGCUAGAGAAGGAACUUGCAACCUUGAUCACUGACAAUCAAAUCCAGGCUCGUAUAGACUCGCACAACAAAAUUCUAUAUGCACGUCAUGCAGAUCAGAGGAAUGCCACCUUUCAACGAGUUCUCCAAACUGGCAGCGAAUUCGACCGGGAUGUUAAGGCAAUGCUACUGAGGGCAAAUCUCAUCAAACACGAACACAGUGCUAGGACCAACAGGAAGCUUUGAUAUUCUUUCCUUUUUUUUUUCCCUUCCUUGGGUGGAGCAGGCGAGGGGCAGGUCUCUUGUUCUCGAGUUGCCGUCAAUUGCUUCUAUUGGUCUCUCUUUUGGGAGUGAAAUUCUUGGUCGUCAGAAUCGAAAAUUUGGUGGUGGUGUAUGACCUGGUAAUUUUGUACAUACCAUAAAAUUGUGGAAGUUGUCAGUUAAGUUUUUCCCAUUUCUCAGCUCACGAUUUCUCUUUCUAGUUUUAUGACCUUUACCUUGUUGCGUUGCUUUCAAUUCGGUUAAUCAUCUCCAUCUAGCUCCCCCACACUGUUACUCAGAUCGGAUGGUCGUUGACACCUCCCGGGUUAAGGAGCAUACCUAAAGUUUAACAAUCACGGACAAGUUUGUGAUGGUCGAGUUGAUACUAUAUUUUGUUCUUCCUUGAUUGAAGUUGAAGCGGAAGCUUUAUUAGAAGGUAUGAAAUUAGCUCAAAAAUUUGGAUUUGAACGUAUUGUCUAGACGGAAUGUCUGCUUCUUGCAUGUGCUUUACUGGUAGAUUCUUCUCGUUUGCCAUGGAGAUUCUGCUGGAGUGGAUUGGAAGGAUGGAAUCUAUUCUCAUAUGUAACUCAGAAAUUAAAUCAGGAAGUCCCACGAAAUCAAUAUGCAAGAGCGAGU